AUGGAUAAAGAAUUGAUAAUUGAUUGCCAAUAAAACAAAGAAAGUAUUCGAUAAUAUCUCAAUCAAACUAGAAAAGCAUAGAAUGAUAUCUUACUUAAGAAAUAUCCUUAGUAUUUAAAUAUUUAAACAUCUAAAUAUGGUAUCAGAUAACCUAUUCAAUUAAAAAACCCUCUACUCAUAAAAUCAUUAUUUUAAACAAAGAAAAUUUUCAAAGAAAGAGAUACAUCACUACCUAUUUGUACUCUAAAAACUCUUCCUGCUUAACCUAUUCUUUUAUUUUAAACUGAUCGUAUUCAUAGUAGAUGUCCUGCUCUUAAGAACCUUCGUUUGAAAUCUGGAUUUAGACAAACUAGACAUUCUCCUGAAGAAUACAUCAGAAUUGAGACAGCACCUGCAGUUUGUAGAAGUCCAGUAGUUCAAAAGCCAUCUUAUUCAAAUCUAUUUAAAACCUAAAUUUGUAAUGACAAAAAACAAAAACCAAAAGAAUCUUAAUUUAAUAAGAAUGAAUGGGGAAUCGGAGGAUGGAAUAUUAUUGACGAUAAUUUUGAUACAAAGCUAUUCAUUGAUUGA